AUGGCUGACCCUAUCUCCAUCCUGAGUCCACACAAAAGCAAUAAGGGACCUAAACGUCCCCGGAGUGUGGUCUGGUAUUACUUUGAUAAAUUAGAGUCACAGAGAGCCAAGUGCCGGAUGUGCCAAGCUACCUGCCACCACGCCAACAAUACAUCCAACCUGUUCAAACAUCUGCGGGUCAAACACCCAACUACGUACAAAGAAGCAGAAUGUCAAAGAGAUGCAGAAAUGGAACUGUACCUAGAACUCAAGGCCAAAUCUGGCAGGCCCAUUCCCAGAACAGGAAUCAGAGGCAGACGGCCCAAGUCCAUGAUUCAGACUCCAGCUGCCCCAAUUGUGAAAGCCGAAGACACAUCGUUAUUACUCAGCAAUAACAACAAUAAUAACAACACCAGUACAUCUCCCAAUCUGAGAAAGCCGUACACCACAGAGAAAGUUAAACAGACCAUGAUGAGAUCAUUACUGAAAAUGAUAACAGUGGAUCUUCUACCUCCAAGCAUUGUCAGUGGCAAAGGCUUCCGAGAAUUUGUCCGCACCCUCGACUCUCGUUUUGACCUUCCGUCUAAGAAAAUGAUCACCAGGAGCCUGCUGCCGGAGUUGGCGGAGGAGACCAAGCACAAGAUCAAGCUGGAUGUGGUAAUUGCUUCCUACUUUGCCCUGACAGUGGAGUCUUGGGAUUACCAUGAGGUGCAGACUUUCAUGACCGUGUCUGCUCAUUUUAUCAAAGAGUCCUGGGAGAUGUGCAGUAUUGUUCUGGAGACUUUGGACUGCACAGAGGAGAAGACAGAAACGAAUGUUGCUACAAGCUUCAAGCGCAUCACAGAUGAGUGGGGGAUCUCUGAUCGAAUAAUUGCCUUGAUAGCAAACACGGUGGAUGAUGUCAUCCCCAGCGCUACAUUGAUCAACGGAUGGGAGGAACUUGCUUGCUUUGGCAACACCAUGAACCAAGUGGUUAUGAAUGCUUUGAUGUCUGUGGCCGAACUGAUGAGGGUACAGAAGAAGACCAGUGAUGCAGUGACCUAUUUUGAGAAAAGCAUCAAAGCCUCGGACACCCUUUCAGCAGUCCAGCAACAGCACAGUUUGCCGGUUCACAAGCUAAAGCAGGAGAGCCCUCGCUGCUGGAUGUCCAUUUAUAUCAUGUUUGAGCGCAUGGUGGAGCAGUAUGAAGCCGUGAAUACAGUUCUUUGCUUUCUGGGGAAAGAUCACAUGUGUCUGUGUGAUGAUGAGGUGGAGCUGAUCCGGUGUGUCAUCGAGGUUCUGAGACCCUUUGAAGCCGCCACAAGAGAGCUGUGCACGGAACAGUACACUUGUAUGUCAAAGGUGAUUCCCAUUGCCACUUUGCUGCAGCAGGUCACCUCUGCUGGCAUCACCACUCUGCCUGGACCACAGUCUGCCCUGAAGAAUGCUUUAAUCACACAGAUGCAAGCACAGUUCACCAAUGUGGAAAAUAAUUACAAACUUGCCGUAGCUACUCUUUUAGAUCCUCGAUUCAAGCGCCAUGCAUUCACAGAUGCCUCGGCUCUGGAACUUGCCCAGCAACGUCUUCUCAAUGAAAUCGCUGCAGUGGUUCAAAACCUGGACACACAAACUUUGGGUGGGGAUAGUUCUACAUUUGUAGUAGAUAGUUCUGUAUCUUCAUUCUGGAAUAUGUUUGACCGAAAAGUUUCGGAGGCUGGUGCUAUGAAGACUUCAACAUCUGAAGCAGAGAAUGAAUGUCGGAGGUACUUCAAAGAAGCCAACAUCCCUAGAAAUGCGAACCCAUUAAACUGGUGGAAACUCAAUGAAGUUCAGUUCCCUCAUUUAAAAGUGCUUGCUCAGAAGUACCUCUGCAUUCCAGCCACCGCCACGGCCUCUAAUCGUUUGUUCACGAAAGAAGGUGAAUUGAUCGCCAAGAGACGGGAGCAGAUUCAGUCAGAUCAAGUUAACACAAUGAUCUUCCUCAACAAAAAUCUGGAAUGUUGA